UAGCCUGCAUGUCAGCACAGCCUGUGCGCUCCGCAUGCGCGCUGCCUGCAUUGCAGAUUACAGGGAGCAGCAGCAGAGCCUUUCCAGCCCGGGGCAGCGCGCUCUGCAGAUCCUCCACCUGCAUGCAUGGCCUCCACAGUUGCCCUUUGAUGUUUCUCACAGUUGAGCCUUACAGGAAAAAUGCCUUUGGUGAAGCGAAAUAUAGAACCACGGCAUUUAUGCCGGGGAAUAGUGCCAGAUGGAGUCACCAGCGAGCUAGAGUGUGUCACCAACAGCACCCUGGCAGCGAUCAUCAAGCAGCUGGGCAGCCUAAGCCGACACGCAGAGGACAUCUUUGGAGAGCUGUUUAAUGAAGCAAACAGUUUCUACAUGCGGAUGAAUUCCCUACAGGAAAGAGUGGACUUACUUGUCAUCAAAGUAACUCAGUUGGACUCCACUGUGGAGGAAGUAUCGCUGCAGGACAUUAAUAUGAGAAAAGCAUUUAAAAGCUCCACAGUGCAGAAUCAACAGGUGGUCUCUCGGAAUUCCAUUCCUAAUCCGGUUAUGGAGAUGUACCAACGCGGUGACAAGCCUCCACCACUCAAUAUCCUGACCCCUUACAGGGAUGACAAGAAAGAUGGUCUCCGAUUCUACACAGAUCCUUCUUAUUUCUUCAAUCUAUGGAAAGAGAAGAUGCUACAAGCCACAGAGGACAAAAGGAAGGAGAAGAGGCGACAGAAAGAGCAGAGACAGGUGGAAGAUCCCACCAGAGAGGUGAAGAAGGUGCGCAAAGCCCGGAACAGGAGAUUGGAAUGGAAUAUGAUGGCGUAUGAUAAGGAGUUCAGGCCAGAUAACAGGUUCUCACCAUCUCCAUAUAAUGUGACUUCAUCCGAGGGAUCACUGUCCCCUGAUAAUAGGUCUUAUGCUUCAGAUCUUGAUCACUCGUAUCCUGCCAGUCCCAAUCACCCUACUCAGCAGAUCCUGGCUGCUGUCCCUCACUUGACUGCAGAGAACAAAGAGAUCAUCCUAAUGGCCAGUCAGGCGCAAGAGCAUGGCUACCGCUCAUCUGCUCCGGGUAGCCGACAGAACAGUCUAAACAGAGUGCAGCCGGCUCAUGCACCACAGCCACCAGAGGCCAUUCUCAAUGGCCCACGGCCCCAGGUCCUGAAGGAUUAUGGUGGUCAGCAAGUGCCGAUGACUGAAUAUUUUGUGCCUCCUGCUCCUCCACCACCACCACCUGUGAUUCCUUCUGCACAAACAGCCUUUGGCAGCCCGAUUUCAGCUCCCACUCCUGCAGCUCCCAAUGCUGCUGCCUUUAUGUCGUCAUAUACCCCUACCCCUCCUCCAGCACCACCCUGCCCAUAUUCUGGUUCCCCUCUUCAAACUGGUCCUUUGGGACCACCAGUCGCUCCACCACCACCUCCGCCAGGCCCUCCAACUAUCACAGCUUCUCCUGCUCACGCAGCUUCUCCUUCCACUGUCACUAUAGAAACAAGGAAACCUCAGAUCCCGCUCAUCCCUAUGAGUGAUGCCAGGAGCGAUCUCCUAGCUGCAAUCCGCAGAGGUAUCCAGCUUCGGAAAGUUCAAGAACUGAGAGAACAGGAAGCAAAGAAGGAGCCAGUUGGAAAUGAUGUCGCCACAAUCUUGUCGCGCAGAAUUGCUGUGGAAUACAGUGAGUCGGAUGAUGACUCAGAACUGGAAGAAAACGAGUGGUCUGAUUAAAGAAUCAGAGUCUCCAUGUUCAGAGCUUAUAACACAUUGUACUGACAGUGCCGAUUCUCACUAGAGUUUUGCAAUGCAUACAUUAUAACUCAUGACUUACUGUAGCUUGCUGGUGAGCUGCUGGUAUCACUUAGCCCUGUCUGUUCAUGUUUGUGUAUAUUUAUCUGGCUGAAAAUCUCCACUUGUCUAGUUAAAUCAUUUUCUGUAUGAAUAUGGUCAAGCAAUGUGACCUUUUACUUGUGAGCCAUAGUAACAAAUGGAAAUAUACACAAACAUACAUAUUGCAGUCAGACUAAGGAUAAUUCAGCUGCAGUUUUGUUUUGUUAUUUUCUUUGUUUCCUAUUUUUGUAUGUGGUAACCCCCCCCCAUCCCUCCCCCCUAAACCUACAGAAUUAUGAGAUGAGCAGCAGAGACAUGUCAUGUGUAUAAAGAGCACAUGUGCCAUAAAUGUAGCAUUUAACGGGGAAAGAUACAAAAUAAUAUAUAUGAAAGAAGAUAGUAAAAUAAAUAAAGUAUAUAGUACGCUCAUCUAUUUUCCAAUACUUACAUUCAGUCACUGACUACAUCUUAUCAUUUCUACUAGAUUUGCACGUCUAAACUAAUUUUGUUUAUUUAUCUUAAAUGCCACAGAAGACAUGGCUUAAGCUGGGUAAACAGCCGUACAAUCCCUGGCCCAGUCACCCAAUAUUGGGGGAAUGGACAGACGAUUGUAUAGGUGUGUAUGCAGGACCUUUUUAGGGAUGUAGUUAUGUGACUGGCGAUCAGGAGACCAUCGGUCACAAUACCAAUGCCGGUAUCCCGCCCCCUCACAAUGCAGACAGUCGGCAUGCUGACUAACAGGGACUAUUCCCACUCGUGGGUGUCCACAAACCUGUGGCGAGCGCACCUAGCCCGCAGCGCGGGGAACAGCUCCUUACUCCUUAGUCUGUGGAUGACCUGAUGAAUAGAGAUUCAGUUCCCAUACCGGCGUCUCAGACCCCUACCAUUUGUCCGCAAAAGCAUACACUGGCCAGAUCCUGCAGGCUGACACUGAUGAUGACGUAUCAGACGCGGAGGAGGGUGAGGUGGACUCAGGAGGGGGGGGGGGGGUGCUGCUCUGUCACAAGGAAUACAGGCCCUGAUAGAAGCUAUUAGAGACAUCCUGCACAUUCCUGAUAAGGUGACAGAGGAGGAUGAGGAAUCUUAUUUUAAUGUAAAAAAGAAAUCCUCUGUUUACUUUUCCUGCAUCAAAAGAGUUGAAUUCCCUAUUUGAAGAGACUUGGGUUAAUCCUGAUAAGAAAUUUCAGAUCCCUAAAAGGUUACUCACAUCCUUCCCUUUUCCUCAGGAUGAUAGGAAGAAAUGGGAAAAUCCACCGAUUGUUUAUGCAUAGGUAUCUAGGUUAUCACGUAAAAUAAUCUGACCUGUCCCUGGGGCAGCCUCCUUAAAGGACAUGGCUGACCGCAAGAUUGAGACCACUCUCAAAUCUGUAUAUACAGCUGCUGGGGUGGCCCAAAGACCCACUAUUGCUUGUGCAUGGAUCACUAGGGCCAUUGCAAAAUGGUCAGGUAACUUAAUUGAGGGAUUAGAUUCCUUAUCCGGGGGGAGGUAGAUUUACUCCUACAACAUAUACUCCCAUAAAAUAAAUAGGCUUGCUCAACGCAUGCACCACUUCCAUGGCAGUGUCUGCACGCAGGGGCUUAUGGCUAUGCCAGUGGACUGCAGAUGCAGAUUUCAGGAAGGGCGUGGAAAGCCUACCAUUCACAGGUGAGGCUCUAUUUGGAGUUGAACUGGAUACGUGGAUAUCCAAGGCUACGGCGGGUAAGUCUACAUAUCUUCCUUCCGCAGCCCCCCCAGUUAGGAAGACCUACUCGGCUCCAACUUUGCAGUCCUUUCGGACAGCCAAAUUUAAAAAUAAAACCAGAGGUUCUUCUACAGCCUCCAGAGGCAAUAGAGGUAAACCCAGAAAACCAGCAACUGCAGGUUCACAGGAACAGAACUCAGGUUCUGUUUCCUCAAAGCCUGCAGCAUGACGGUGGACCGCACUGCCUGGAAGACAGGCAGGUGGGAGCCCGAUUAAGAGAUUUCAGUCACAUAUGGGUGACAUCAUGCCAGGAUCCCUGGAUCAAAGAUCUUAACAACUAGGGGUAUAGGCUGGAGUUUCAGUAACUCCCACCUCACAGAUUCUUCAACUCAGGCUUACCAGCGUCUCAGGAAGCAAGUAUGACUCUACAAGAAGCAAUUCAAAAACUGGUACAGACUCAGGUCAUUGUUCAAGUUCCACCUCAUCUGCGCAACAAAGGUUAUUAUUCCAACCUGUUUGUGGUACCGAAGCCAGACGAUUCGGUAAGUCCCAUUUUAAAUCUCAAGUCACUGAACCCGUACUUACGGGUGUUCAAAUUCAAGAUGGAGUCUCUGAGAGCGGUGAUCUCAGGUCUGGAGGAGGGGGAAAUCCUGGUGUCUCUGGAUAUCAAGGAUGCGUACCUUCAUAUUCCAAUCUGGCCGCCUCAUCAGGCUUAUCUAAGGUUUGCAUUUCUGGACUGUCACAACCAGUUCCAGGCCCUGCCAUUUGGCCUCUACACGGCAUCGAGGGUGUUCACCAAGGUAAUGGCAGAAAUUAUGUUUCUUCGCCGCAAACAGGGAGUGAACAUAAUUCCAUACCUGGACAAUCUGCUGAUAAAGGCACCAUCCAGGGAGAGAUUGUUGGACAACAUUGCCCUCUCAACUCGUCUACUCUGGGAUCACGGUGGAUUCUGAACCUACCAAAAUCUCACCUGGAACCAACACGGAGGCUUCCGUUCCUGGGGAUGAUACUAGAUACAGAGGCACAUAAGGUAUUCCUUCCAAUGGUAAAGGCUUUGGUAAUCCAGUCGAUGGUGCGGGAUGUUCUGAAACCAACCCGGAUAUCAGUGCAUCUAUGCAUUCGCCUUCUGGGGAAGAUGGAAGCCGCUUACGAGGCACUGCAGUACAGAAGGUUUCAUGCAAGGCCCUUCCAGCUGGAUCUGUUGGACAAAUGGUCUGGAUCGCAUCUCCACAUGCACCAGAAGAUACGUCUGUCGCCAAGAGCAAGGAUUUCUCUUCUGUGGUGGCUUCAGACUUCUCACCUGACAGAGGGCCGAAGGUUCGGGAUUCAAACUUGGAUUCUGCUAACCACAGAUGCAAGCCUCAGAGGUUGGGGAGCAGUCACCCAAGGUGAACAGUUCCAAGGAAAAUGUCAAGUCAGGAAAGCAUUCUCCCAAACAACAUUCUGGAACUAAGGGCCAUAUACAAUGCCCUUCUACAGGCAUCACAGGUUCAAUCAGGUUCAGUCGGACAAUGUGACGGCAGUAUCAUACAUAAACCGGCAGGGCGGAACGAAGAGCAGAGCAGCAAUGUCAGAGGUAACAAGGAUUCUCUUCUGGGCAGAAAGACACUCUGUGUCGUUGUCGGCAAUCUUCAUUCCAGGAGUGGACAACUGGGAAGCAGACUUCCUCAGCAGACACGACCUCCAGCCAUGAAAGUUUGGCCUUCACCUGGAAGCGUUCGUGUGCUUGACACGUCGGUGGGGGGGGGUUCCUAAAAUCAACAUGAUGGCCUCUCGUCUUAACAAGGAGCUCAAGCGGUGUUGUUCCAGGUCAAGAGACCCACAGGCUAUGGCGGUGGACGCUCUGGUGACUCCAUGGGUUUACCAGAUGGUGUACGUGUUUCCACUACUUCCAUUGACCCCAGGAAUUCUCAAAAGUAUAAAAAGAGAAAAUAUUCAAGCAAUACUCAUUGCUCCACACUGGCCAAGAAGGGCCUGGUACGCGGAUCUACUGGAGAUGCUCUUAGAGGACCCGUGGCCUCUACCUCUUCGUGAGGAUCUUCUGCAACAAAGGCCGUUCGUCUAUCAAGACUUACCAUGGCUACGUUUGACGGCAUGGAAGUUGAGCGUCAAAUUCUAGCCCGGAAAGGGAUCCCGGACAGGGUUAUUCCAACUUUGAUCCAAGCCAGAAAGGGGGUAACGUCUAAACAUUACCACCGUAUUUGGAAAAAAUAUGUCUCUUGGUGUAAAAACAGGGAAUUUCCUGUGGUGGAAUUUCAACUGGGCCGUUUUCUCCUUUUUCUGCAGUCAGGGGUGGAUGUGGGCCUACGUUUGGGCUCCAUAAAAGUCCAGAUUUAGGCCUUGUCCAUUUUCUUCCAGAAACAAUUGGCUUCCCUCCUGGAGGUUCAGACGUUCUUGAAGGGUGUUCUGCACAUCCAACCGCUCUUUGUGCCUCCCACGUCACGUUUGGAUCUCGACGUGGUGUUGCAGUUUCUACAAUCAGAAUGGUUUGAGCCUUUACAGGAGGUUGAAGUGAAGUUUCUUACGUGGAAAACUGUCACACUGUUGGCCCUAGCUUCAGCAAGGCAUGUGUCGGAACUGGGGGCGUUGUAUCACAAAAGCCCCUAUUUCGUUUUUUAUGAAGAUCGAGCUGAACUCAGAACUCGUCAGCAAUUUCUUCUUAAGGUGGUGUCUGCGUUUCAUAUCAACCAACCUAUUGUGGUUCCGGUGGUUACCGACACCUCUGCUUCUUCAAAGUUCUAGGAUGUUGUGAGGGCUUUGAAGAUCUACGUGAAGUGGACAGCUCGUCACAGAAAAUCAGAUUCGCUGUUUGUUCUCUAUGAACCCCCAAAAAUUGGGCGUCCUGCUUCAAAGCAGUCUUUUGCUCGCUGGAUCAGGCUUACUAUCCAGCAUGCUUAUUCUACAGCAGGUUUGCCAGUUCCAAAAUCAGUACAGGCCCACUCUACUGGGUCAGUGGGUUCUUCCUGGGUGGCUGCCUGGGGUGUCUCUGCUUUACAGCUCUACUGAGCAGCUACUUGGUCAGGUUCGAACAUAUUUGCUAAGUUCUACAAGUUCGAUACUUUGGCCUCUGAGAACCUUCAGUUUGGUCAAUCAGUUCUGCAGGAAUCUCAGCACUCUCCCACUCGGUUUGGGAGCUUUGGUACAUCUCCAUGGUACUAAAUGGACCCCAGUAUCCUCUAGGAUGUAAGAAAAAAUAGGAUUUUAAUUACCUACCGGUAAAUCCUUUUCUCAUAGUCCUUAGAGGAUACUGGGCGCCAACCCAGUGCUUCGCGUUUUCCUGCACUGUUACUUGUUAAGUACUGUUGUUGGUUCAGCUGUUGCUGUUCCUCAUCAAGUUUGGUUAGCAUGGCUUUCCUCUUGUUUUAUGUGUGCUGGUUCGAAUCUCACCACUGUCCUUUAAAUCCUUCUCUCAAGGUAUGUCCAUCUCCUCGGGCACAGUUUCCUAGACUGAGUCUGGUAGGAGGGGCAUAGAGGGAGGAGCCAGCGCACACUAUCAAAUUCUUAAAGUGCCCAAGGCUACUAGUGGACCCAUCUAUGCCCCAUGGUACUAAAUGUACCCCAGUACGGACUACGAGAAAAGGAUUUCUGGUAGGUAAUUAAAAUCCUAUUUUGUUCACCAUUUAAAAUAGUGUCACCGGUGGGAGUGAGCGAAAGCACCAAUCCUAAACUGCAUUCCCGGUCACUUCACAUCUCUUUAGUAUGCCACAGUACUGGUCAGCCUACAUUUUCUGUAGCAGGUGGUAGUGCAGCUUUAAGUAGUCACUAUAAACUAAGGUUGUCUAUUAUUGGUUCAACCAUCAAUGUAUUAUAACCAUCAGUGAUAAAACAGUUGCUGUCAAUGUCUCACUCUUGCAUGUGCCUCAGACCAUGGCUACACAUGCAAAGACUGCUGCCACCAUCCACCACUGGACCUCCAACUGCCAAUGUACACCAUUGGUAGUCCCAAUCGAUGACAAAACUAUUUGCCAUUUGUUAACCAUAGGUGGUUGAUGGCCAAAUGUAAUUUACCCUUUCCAAAUUCCUAUUAGCCUUGUUUUCUGCUUGUAGUUACAUAAUCUCCAGUGCUUUUUUUAAUUAACAUACAUUCACCAGAAUGCCUCUCACAAUGCCCAUAAUUUGGGUCCUUUCUCCCCGUAUAGCAGGCCCUGCUUUACCUUUUGCUUCAGGUUUUACUUGAAUUGAAUGUCUGUAUUGCUUUACUAAUUAUAUCUCCACUGCAUAUCCAGUGUUUGUCUGCAUACUGUGCUUUUUUUCUACUGGUGUGAAUUAGUUAUAUGUAAAGUCUCCCAAUAAGAAAAUCAGCUUUAAUUCAUAAAAUAAUGGCAAGUUCAUGAUGUGGUUAGAGAAAUACCUUAUCUCAACCACACAAAAUAAGUGGGAAAUAAAUCCCUGAGUACAACGUAAGUACAGUCUCUAUUAGUAAUCAGACUAUUCAUUUUUUUCUGCAUCACCCACUUCAGAGUCUGCAGGGCUAACUCCUCUCCCUCAAACAGUGGAGUUCAUCCAGUCUCCUAGGAAACGAUAUUUGAGCAGCAGCAUCAAAGCGUCUCUGAUUCCCUCUUUGCAUCUUGUUGACGAAUCAUACAGUGAAACUUUAAAUAGCAAGCGCUGUGCUAGUUAUUUUUAUUUUCCUCAUUCACAUUGAAUUCUCAUUCCAUGUCUUCAAAACAUUAGUAUAUUUCUCAAACAGAAGAGCACAAUUGAUCUUCUUUUGUCAGUUGUUGGAGCACUUUAUGGACUGAUGUUUUAUAUAUACUUGGUGUUUAUUAGAUUUAAGUUGUUGGGUUCUUCGGCUGUUUUUGAACUACAUUUUCUAAGAAAUUGUUCUAAUCUGUCAACUGGCCAUAGGGGAUGUAAAUUUUAAGACUAGCUGGUGAUACAGAGAUUACCACAUACCAAUUUAAUACACUGUAGUCUAUUUACAGUUGAGCUAGUAAUCACAAAAAGUUCAGUAAACCAUGUUUACUGUAUAAUUCCUGUACUGAGCACUAUCUUAUAUCUUGCAGGAUCUCAGAAUUAAUACCUCUCCUUAGAGAUUAUUCAAACUUUACCAAUGUUUUAUAUUUUAAGAGAUAUGAACAUUCCAUGUUUUGCUUCAUAAGGCAAAAUGGUAACUGCAUAUUCUGCUUCCAAUGAGAUUAUGAUACACAGAAUGGAUAUUGCUCAUAAUCAAUUUAUUGGCCCAUCACAGGUGCAUUUAAGGAAGGGGUUAAUGUACACAGGUGGCCCUACACUUCAUAAUACUAGCCCCAGAUUCUGCAGCAGCAGCAGCAGCAGCCGUAUUGGUUAUCGAAAUGCUUUCUUAUGAGCUAGACCACGUAUUUGUUUUCUAUCGUGCCUACAGUCAUUUUGUGAGGUACAGUAUAGUCAAAUAUAUUAGGUAAAAAGAGGAAUUAGCAACUCCCUAGACCAGUGGUUCCCAAACUUUUUUGAAUCACGGCACCCUAGAGUAUCCGAAUUGUUUUCACAGCACCCCUAGGCCAAAAGUGUCAUAUUGAGAAAUUUAGAAAGAAAUAUUAAAUUAAGUAAAUUGUAUUUAUGUGUCAUCCUGAGGCUCAGUUAUGUGGUGAGGAACAAGAUUUGCUUCUGUUUGUCCACAUAUUUUAUGAUUGACAGCCACCAGCACUGGUUUUGUCUAUUACAUUGACCAUAAAUAAUUUGAAUUGGUCCUGGACCACCAAUACAAGGCACCCCAGGGUGCCAUGGCAUACAGUUUGAGAACCACUGCCCUAGACAAAAUACCGCCAUCUUGUGGAUGAAUAGAAAAUUUCAUGAAACACUUAUGAGAUGUGAAAAAUAACAAUGAAUCCAUUACCUUUUAUUAUAAUUGAAGCCAUGCAUGAUUUAAAGACAUCAACAUUUGGUUGUGAAAUUUUUGUAAUACUUCUGCAGUGAACCUGGAAUAGGCUACCUUCAGGCUACAACACAACAUGUCUUCUGACUCAUGAAUCCAGAACAUGUAUAUUACCACAACUACUGAGUCAUUCCAGGUGUUUUGUUUCUAACAUCAUAUUGCACAAUACUGCUACACUUUAGACAAUAAAAUGUACAUUUCCUGCCAUUAAGCCACUGAAGUGCACAAUACAGAUAUAUAAAUAUAUGUAUUUUGUGAAAAUAAUAUUUUGAAAGUUUGAAGAUUAGUGUUUGGAAUUUUAAUACAAUCGCAAAGAUUAUUGGAAUAUAUUAUAAAAAAGUUGUAUACUAUAGUAGCAAGAUAGGGUGAGUAUGCCUACUUCACUAUUGAACCUGGUUGGAUGUAUCUCUUCCUCAGCACUAUAUAUAUUACGAGGGGAUGUAUGUUCAGACAUUGAGUUGUUUUGAGGUACAGCUGUGGAGUCAGUAACACACUAGAUAGAAUCAAGCAUCACUGAUAUUACUGGAAGCCCUAGGUAAGGGACCGAUCUUCCUUAAUGUUAAUUCUCAAUCACUAAUGUUUUGCGAUAUCAAGCUGCAGGAGUACAGUGAGUCCUUUUUUAUAGCAAGAGAAUAUGGUUUAGAAAACUCUGGGGGAGAUUGAAAAGAGCUGAUUAGUUGGUACGUACUUUAUCUCUCCACUUUAUCUUUCUUCAAGCUUUGAUAAAUCUUCACUCUUUAUUAACAGGUUCAUAAGAUCCUCCAUUUCUAGUGAUCCUAUUGAAAUUGGGGACACAAGGCCUAAUUCAGAAAGGAUUGCAAUUGCAAAGCAAUCCUGCAUUUGCGAUUACAUCACAUCUGUGAUGAACAUCGCGACCAUUGGUCGCAAUGUUCAUCUGCGAUAGCAGGCAGAGUAAGCCUGAGCUUACUCAGAUUUGUUGUCGCAGGUGGCCUUGCGAGGCCAGGGAAAAUGCGUCCACAAUGCAGUCCUUGGCCUUGCCACUCCAGGAAAAUGGGGGCAACAUGCUCCCAUUUCCGGCAACGUCACUCUCUCCCUGUGAACGCCUGUGUCUGUCAAUCAGGCAGAGGCGUUCUCCUCCAUCCCUCCCCGAGAACGCCUCUGCCUGUCAAUCAGGAAGAGGCAUUUGCAUCUCUUCGAUGCGAUCACAGGACCCAUUCUGCACUUGCACAUAAUCAGUCCUGUGCGUACGCAGGAUCCUGAUAUCGGGGAAGUGCAACCUUUUGCAAAAUUAGCUUAAAGCAAAAAGCUACUGUUCCAGAUGCAAUUGCCCACAUUAUAAAAUCAUAAACGUGAAUAUGUAAGGGUCUUCUUCGACACUUCAGCUCUUGUUGACCUGCAUUUCCCAGGAUUCUCACUGAGCCGUUACUGUAGUUAAAAAAGCAUCAUGGUAGCUGAAAUUUUUCAACAGUUGGAUUAUGAAAUAGAGUUACCUCAAAACUACAAGUGGAAAAAGCCAAAGUUAGGGUCAACUCCCCCACCAGUGAAAGGGUUAUUAUUUUCACUGUCUGGUGGCUCUUUUAACUUGUGAUCUUGAUAUACAUGUUAAUGCCUGUAUUUAUAUCUUACUGUACACAGCUGUUAACUGUAAGUACGUGUUUUGUGUAGUGGACUUGUGUUCACGCACACUUGCCCAGGACACGUAAGGUAUCAGUAUAAGCUUUACUGCUGUAUUGUUGUCCAUAGGACCAAACUGAAAUGCUGCUUGUUACUAUAUUAUUUAAAGAGGUUGAUGUAUUUGUUUUAAAAACACAGAGCCAAUGACAUUUGAUGCAUGUGUUAUUUAAUGACAAUAAAGGUAUUAAGAAGACG